AUGGAUUCUCCAGAGGCUGAGUAUUAUGAAAAAUUUGGUGAAAUCAGUGGAAUUCUAAUGUAUAAAGACUUUCUUGAAUAUUGGGAUGAUGUAGAAACAUUCCCAGCAAGGCCAGAUGACCUCGUCAUUGCCACCUAUCCUAAGUCUGGCACAACCUGGGUUAGUGAAAUUGUAUACAUGAUAUACACAGAAGGUGAUGUGGAAAAAUGCAAAAAAGAUGCAAUUUUUAAUAGAGUACCUUACCUGGAAUGCAGAAAAGAUGAGAUGCUGAAUGGAGUAAGACAAUUAAAAGAAAUGAACUCUCCUAGAAUAGUGAAGACUCAUCUACCACCUGAACUUCUUCCAGUCUCAUUUUGGGAAAAAAACUGUAAGAUGAUCUAUCUUUGCCGGAAUGCCAAAGAUGUGGCUGUUUCUUAUUAUUAUUUCUUUCUGAUGGUAACUGCAUAUCCAGACCCAGGAUCUUUUACAGAUUUUGUGGAGAAAUUCAUGGAAGGACAAGUUCCUUAUGGUUCCUGGUAUGAUCAUGUAAAAUCUUGGUGGGAAAAGAGAAAGAAUCCACAGUUGCUAUUUAUUUUCUAUGAAGACAUGAAAGAGGAUAUCAGAAAAGAGGUGAUAAAGUUGAUAAAUUUCCUGGAUAGAAAGCCAUCAGAGAAGCUUGUUGACAAGAUAAUAAAUCAUACAUCCUUCCAGGAGAUGAAGAACAAUCCAUCUACCAAUUACACACUCCUACCAGAAGAAGUCAUGAACCACAAAGUGUCACCCUUCAUGAGAAAGGGAAUUGCAGGAGACUGGAAGAAUCACUUCACAGUAUCCUUGAAUGAGAGAUUCGAUGUGCAUUAUGAACAGCAAAUGAAGGAGUCCACACUGAAGUUCCGAACAGUGAUCUAA